AUGAGUUCGUAUCAGUUUGUUAAUUCGUUGGCAUCCUGCUACGGACAGCAGGGAGGCCGUACGGGUGCAUCACCGGUCGAUCCGUCAGCGGCAACUCCGGAUUUUUACAAUCCAAACGGUGCUGGCAACGCUUAUCCAAAUUGUUAUUCUCCCCAACAAAGUCACUAUCCCCAACAACAGCAUUAUGCUAACGUUAACGGUCACGAAGCCAUGAUGGACUAUACUCAAUUACACUCACAAACUCACAGAAUGAGCAUUCAUCAUAACAGUACGAGCCCGGUUAGUGUAACGGCGACGCCACCUUUAAUUAAUAAUAAUAACUUAUUAACGAAUCCUGUAAAUAAUAUUAAUCAAAGAAACGUAACGGCAUCGUCGUGUAAAUACGCGGAUCCGAGUUCUAUUUCAAAAUCUGGUGUUAGUAGCCCUCAAGAUUUAUCAACUGGUCCCUCGAGAAGUCCCGGACCGUUAACAGUGACUACGACAUCGAAAAUAACAUCUUCGGCGACAUCAGCAAUUUCGCCAACGACUCCAGCAAGGUUAGCAACAUCUCCAGCUUCUGCCGGAGGACAAACGACAUCUUCGAACGUAUCCCAAAGCUCAGCUUCACCGGCCAGCAGCACUUCGUCAACGUCGACGGGAGGAGGUGGAAGCGGAGGAGGCGGAGGAGGAGGUGGUUCUUCGUUAAAUUCAUCAUCCAAAGGAAGCGGUUCUGGUAAUCCUCCACAAAUAUAUCCCUGGAUGAAAAGAGUACAUUUGGGACAAAGUACGGUGAAUGCAAACGGUGAAACGAAAAGGCAAAGAACGUCGUACACGAGGUACCAAACGUUAGAAUUGGAAAAAGAAUUUCAUUUUAAUAGAUAUUUAACGAGGAGGAGAAGGAUAGAAAUAGCUCAUGCAUUGUGUUUAACCGAAAGACAAAUAAAAAUAUGGUUUCAAAACAGGAGAAUGAAAUGGAAAAAAGAACAUAAAAUGGCUAGCAUGAAUGUUGUUCCUUAUCAAUUCGGCCAAAUGUCACCCUACGGAUAUCCACAACAGUACAUGCCUCCACAAUUUGCACAUUUGGCCACAUAG